AUGGAGUCUUUGCAGUUGAAACAGAGGGAUCCGGACGAGAUGGAGAUUGAGAAUUGGGACGAUGGCGACUUCGAUAACCUGGACGACAUUCCUUUCAGAUCAGCCUCGACUGCGACAUCAGUACAAUCACACCCGCAAAGUACCGCGCAUCGAGAGUCCGCAUCCUCACGAAUGUCGAUACGUUCCGACUCAAAUCAGGGCGAUGAGAAUUGGGAUGUGCUGGUUGAUGACCAGGCACCUAUCAAGGAUGCUAUUGCGCUAGCUAAGAGCAAGGGAAUACCACUACCUUCGAACGUUCCGCGUUCCGCACUCGAAGGUGGUACUAUUCGUCGGCUAAAUGGCAAAGCUAUUAAAAAGGCGAUUGCCGACGAUUGGUCGGAAGAUCUCGACCUACCUGGCACGGAUGGACCUCUGAAGCUGGCGAAACAUGAAGAUCGGGAUCUCAGCGAUAGCUUACGGCAGAUAAGUGCUGCCUUCCGCUCAUCUCCAAAAACUCCGGAUGCCGACUUGGAAAAGACAAUCAAGUCGCCCAAAUCCAGGAUAACCGCCACUCCCAUCAGCUUAGAUGCUUUCCGAGACGAUGACGAUGAUGAUUUCGAUAACAUACCCACAAUCAGGGUGUCCAAGCAACGAUCUCCGAACAAACCUACAUUGAUCACACCAACCUCGCUUGGACCCACAGCCGUGCAGGAGACCAUUGAAGAGGGUCUUGAGCUACCUUCUGACGGUCAACUACGCCUUUCAACGCGGAAACCAAAUCCAAGGACGCCUCAGACCGCUGAUGAAUUCGACUUUGAAUGGGGCGAAGGAAGUCUGGGCACGCGCAACGCUGGCCGUGGCAAAGGUGGCAGAUCUGCUCGGAGCUCAUCUGCUUCCGCUUUGAGUCCUAGUGUCUCAAGUGCAUUCACCGCUGAAAGCGAAGACGAAGGUCUGGACGGCCUGGUUCUUCCAGAUGGCCCAAUCAAGUUCGAGGAGAAACUCAAGAAGCGCCAGGCUGAACAGGAAUUGGAAUCAGAGGAAGCUCCUAAGAAACAGCGACCGAAAAGUGUUCCUCAAGCACCUACCGAUGACUUCUUCGAAGGGCUGGAAAUUGGCGAUGGUCAAGUCUUCAGCAAUGCAAAAUUGAGUCUGAACCGAAACGUGAAGCACAAGGCCCAGCGUCCAGCGAGCCCACCGAAACGAACAACUACUACCCUCAGCUUCACGAGCAGCAAAAAAGAAGGCCUCUCAAGACUCCCCAGAUUUAACCAGCCGUCGCAUGAGAGGACACGAUCAAGCUUGGAACCUGUCUCGGAAAGCGGCGCCGCAGUAACGCGCUUUCAAAGGCCAGGCUCCCGCCUUGGACUGCACUCAGCACAGUCCUCUGUCUCCGCAAUUCCAGCCCCCUCAACACCUACGCCUUCCACGCCUAGCAGGAGAGCUGUACGCACUGUCGAUUCACGCCCUGAGAUGCGUCACGAUGGACCUACGACCACCAAUGCGCAACUUCUCCGUGCCAAGCGAUCCAUGCCCGCCAUGCGUACGGCCCCUUCGCCCACCAAGAGUGAUCGGUACGUACGGCCACCGUCUCGUGCCGAAGCCGGCAGCCGUCUGCACAUCAGCUACGAUCGGCCAGAUUCACGGGGAGAGAACCGGGCCAAACAGCCUGUCUUCCUGCCCGCCGGUGCCUCCAGCGGCCAGUCACAACACGCUAGUCUCAAGCACGCCAGCUCCAAGGGCCAUUUUCGCCGUGCCGACUCAGACGGGUCCGGUGAAACCAUGUCAGCAGCACAACGCUCCCUUUUCCGGAUCGCAAAUCUUGGUCGGCCGGAGACGCCACGCAGCCGUACAGGCUUUAGCGCCACUGAGCUUGCAGCACAAGCAAAAAAGCAAGUCACCAAACCUAGCCGUCGCCGCAACUAUGGCGAAGGCAACGAGCUCGACAUCUUCGACGAUCUGCCGACAUCAGCAACAUUGGAGUCGAAAUUCACCAAAGCCCCUGUUGGUCGCGGCGCGCCUCGAAGUCUACGCCUCAAACUAGGCUUAGGCAUAUCUCAGUCCAACGCUUCGACGUCGACAAUCACCAGUCUACGCACAAACAACGAGACACCAGUCCCAAUUACGCCCCUCUCACCACCUCGCCAAGAUUUCCCUACCACUCAGACCACAAUGGCUCACGUCAACGUACCUCGUUUCGCCCGCGAUACGGCUGCAUCCCGUAAUGCCCGCGAGCAGCGCGCCAUAAGUACAACGUUUCAGAACAUGCACGGCGAACCGCUGAAACCGAUCUCGGCCAACUAUCAGCUGAAUGCAUACCCACAUACCAGCGCUCAACGACCCCAGACCACUGGCACUGUCACUCACGGCUCCAUUCGGAAGAAGAAAAAUGCGCAGCAGAAACCACACCUGAUCAAGCCCAUGGGCCCAGAUCAACAUAGGGAGAAGUCUGAGAAAGGCAUGAGAUAUAAUCCUAGCCUGUACCGUUGGGAGGGCAACGAAAACGUUCUGGCGCCUUUCGACAUACCGCCUCCCGACUUCUACGCACGCACUGGUUCGCCUGUGUCUGCAUCUAUGUCCGAGCGCGAACGCAAAGCGCAUGGCAGUCCUGUCACAAAUAACAGCAAGACCAAUGUCGCGCUCAUCUCGAAUGUGGGCACCACUGCGGGCGUGCAAGUGGUCGGCGGCAUGGUUUUCGAUCCCAGUCAGAUGCGCUGGCUGAAAGUCAAAGAGGACGGCCCGAGCGCCAACCACAGCCAGGACAAUCUGGGCGGUGGCGUUGAGGUCGAAGAGGAAGAAGACGUUUUUGCUGGGCUUGAUGAUCUCAAGGAGGAAGGCUCCGAAUGGGACCUUAAGAGUCAGAGUCACAGGGGUAGUGCGGCGGGUAUGGCGCCCCAGGAGUAUGGUGUGGGCAUGGUCACAGCGGGCUCUGCCCCAAUGGGGCUCAACCGAAAGGCCAGUGCCGAGAGCCAAGGCAGUGGUAGUGGAAGCGACGGCGAGUUUGGGUUUGGUGGCAUGGCGCCGGUGGCAGAGGAAUUCGACGUAGGCCCAGAAUUUGUGAGAAGGCAGAGAGCGGAAGAAGAUCGGUGGAGACGGAAGGUUGACAGAUGGUUGCGGAGUGACGAGCAAGACGACGAUGGGAGCACUGGCUGGAGAUGGAACGUGAGGAGAUUGGGAUGGGCGGGUGGUGAGACUUGA